AGCAGCUCAGCAGCAGAGCGCCAGCCGCCGGACUCCCACGCAGCACGUACGGACGCCAUCGAGGAACCCUAACAAGAGCACAUCACACGGGGCGACGGUUUGGCGCCGCGCCACCGGCGACUGGCGGCUGGUGCCCCCUCUCGGUCCCCACUCCCCAGCACGGUGACGGCCUGCUGCAGCAGUUGGACUUUGUACUUUUUUGCUGGACAACCUGCAGCAAUGCAGUUUUACUAAUAUGGUAAAUUAUUUCUCAGACUCAGAGUGCAAGAAAGUUGGUUCGUCCAGGGAAGAGGAAUAGAGGUUAUGGUUUUGUGUGAGAUUGAUUAGCAUCUACCUUCAAAUCAUUCUCUUGGUAUUUAUUGAGCACUGCAAGUGGUUGAGGACUUGAGGUAAACAUGCUGAAGUGCAUCUUGAGCCAGUCAUGGAAGAGAGGAGCACAUAUGCUACAUGCAGGAAAUUCAGCACCAGCUGUACUAACUUGCUGGAGUCAAUUUCACAGUGGGCAGGCCUUGUUAGUGUGGUACCAACACAGCAGAAACAAUCAAGCACCAGUAGGAUGGGGAUGAUCGCUGCUGUGCCACCUGAAUAUUUGCAUGGAUGUGUGCCCUUACAGCACAGCUUCAUGUUGAGGAACAAUGGACAUUGACUGUAUAAGCACUACUACAAAGUCGUAUAAGCACUACUACAAAGUCCGAACUUCAUUCGUGCUGGCAUAUUGUUGGGAAUGUCGUUGAUAUUGCCAGCAACAUUGACAGACCCAUCAACUUUGACAUUUGCCUCAACGGCUGAGUAUGCAGUUUGGCUGGCUCCUUUCUAGGCCUGGUUAGCUGUGACAUGGCAAGCAGGCUGCAGGGUUUGCCUUUAUUCUGGCACGGUGAACUCUCGUGGUUCUUCAAUUUGAUGGUCUGGAGUUCUUCCAGGAGCUUCUUCGGCGUGGAGGACUUCGUGGACGAGGACAACAGUAGGCCAUACACGUACAAGAAGGAGAAGAGGUCCAAGAACCCCCACAAGCACAUCUCGUUCAAGCAGCGCACCAUCGCCCACAUGGAGCCGUUCACGCUGGACGUGUUCAUCUCCAAGCGCUUCGUCUCGGCGUCCCUCACGCACCGGUCGACCUGCAGGCAGGUCGCGGUCGCCGGGACCAACUCCAAGGACAUCAAGGCGGCGCUCAGGUCGAGGUCCGACGUGCCGGCCUGCCUGGCCGUCGGGCGGUUCCUGGCCGAGAGGGCGAAGGAGGCCGACGUGUACACCUGCACGUACACGCCGAGGGAACGGGACAAGUUCGAGGGGAAGAUCAGGGCGGUUGUUCAGUCGCUGAUCGAUAACGGGAUCAAUGUGAAACUUUACCUUGACUGAGUUCGGUGCUGUAUGAGUAUGAGUAGUAGUUCUGUUGGAACUUGCGCGUGGGUUUAUCUGUUGCCAGGGUUGCAGGUCGAAUUAUUUUGUGUCCUUAUGUUGAUAUUUUUUUUGCUCAAAUGAACAUCAUUGGAUACCCAGUUGCA